AGACUGUAUCGUAGUCCGAUAUUGUACGAAUACAACCUGUCGUGAGGCUGAAAGCUGAACUGAAACGUUCCGAAACGCACCGCAACACACGCACACUGACGCAGACGAUCACUCCAGUCUCCAGCCACCGAGAGGGUAGGCGACCGAAUCGAGGCCACCCGCCGGCCGCCGCCGCGCCAACCGAGGUCAAUGUCCUACCCCGCCGUGCCGGUGCAGCCGGCGGCCCCGCGUCUGGUGCGCUUCGGCAUCCUCGGCUGCGCCGACAUCGCGCGCAAGGUCUCGCGCGCCCUUCUGAUGCUCCCGCCCGGCGCCGCCACCGUCGCCGCCGUCGGCAGCCGCUCCGAGGACAAGGCCCGCCGCUUCAUCGCCGAGACCGGCCUCCCCGCAGCGCGCCCCCACGGCUCCUACGAGUCCCUCCUCGGCGACCCGGACGUUGAGGCCGUCUACCUCCCGCUCCCCACCAGCCUCCACGUGCCCUGGGCCACGGCCGCCGCCGCGCGGGGCAAGCACCUGCUCCUCGAGAAGCCCACGGCGCUGUGCGCCGCCGACCUCGACGCCAUCCUCGCCGCCUGCGAUGCCUCGGGGGUCCAAUUCAUGGACACCACCAUGUGGAUCCACAACCCGCGCACCGCCAAGAUGCGGGAGAUCGUCGCCGACAAGGACGCCUUCGGCGACGUCAGAGUGAUACACAGUAUGUGUGGCUUUCGGGCAUCCGAAUAUUUCCUCCAGAAUGACAUCAGGGUAAAGCCAGACCUUGAUGCCCUGGGUGUGCUUGGUGAUGUUGGAUGGUACAGCAUCCGUUCAAUCUUGUGGGCUGUUGAAUAUGAACUGCCUGAGACUGUGAUCGCUCAUCGUCAUCCUGUCAAGAACCAAGCUGGCGUAAUUCUUGCUUGUGGUGCAACAUUGUACUGGGCAGAUGGCAAGACUGCCACCUUCAACUGCUCUUUUCUUACGAACCUCGCUUUUGAUGUCACCGUAUAUGGAACACAUGGUACACUCCAUGUGACUGACUUGGUCAUUCCGUAUGAAGAAAAGUAUGGGGAGUUCAGUGUGGCCUCAAAGUCAAAUUUUGUCAAACCCACUAUUGGAUGGGAUCCUUUGCCAAGUAAGCAUGUUGUUACUACAGAUUUGCCACAGGAGGCACUCAUGGUUCAGGAAUUCUCGAGGCUUGUACAGAACAUCCGGGAUGCUGGUGGCAGGCCUGAAGGGAAGUGGCCGGCUAUCACACGAAAGACACAGGUGGUGUUGGAUGCCGUGAAGGCUUCUAUUGACAAGGGAUCUGAGCCAGUUGAGGUUGCCAGCUGAAUACAACAAAUGGCUGCUCGUACUGGUAAGCUUGUACUUCAUGGCUUCAGCAUGUAUUUGCUACUACACUUCUGUACUGGACAUAAACCUAAUUGUAAUCAUUUGAAGGAAUCUGGUCAAAUUGACUAGUACAUUGUUUUGUUCUGAAUUGGUGCUACUACGAAUAAAUUGUGUAAAUAGCUUGGGGUUAGGUUAAACCUCUGAGUGAUCUGUCAUGUUCCGCUAUUCUGUUCAUGGAAAGGGAGCUUCAGGUAUCCGA